GAUAUGUACGGACACAACCACAACAGUUUCCGGCCACACUUCUCAGACCUACCACCGUCCUAUAGACCUGCCAAUUACUCAACGUCACCACCGCCGUUCGCUUUGGACUCCACCACCAGCGACGGUCGUUGUUAUGACUCGCCUGGAUAUACCGGCAGCCAGAGCGAUUGCAUUGAUACUCCGAUCAACAAUAACGGAUUGUUGUUCCAAAUCGUUUCAUCUCCGGCCGAGUUAUUUGACUCCGAUGGGAGCAGUUCCUCCGUCACCAAGGGUUUUUGCGCCGGAGAUCUGGAGGGUGCUAAUAUGACGCAACACCGUCGUCGAUCAGAAAGUCCGUUCUCAAACGAGAACGACAUUAUUAUCAAAAGCAUGAACAAGGCAUGUCGCUAUUCGCCUAAAGAGAAACAAGAGAGGAUCGAGAGGUAUCGAAGCAAGAAAACCCAACGGAAUUUUGACAAGAAAAUCAAGUACGUUUGUCGAAAAACAUUAGCAGAUAACCGACCACGUAUCAAAGGAAGAUUUGCAAGAAAUGAUGAGAUCGAAAGAACAAAUAAUCAAGGAGGUGGAGAAGAAGGAUUUGACGAAGAAAAUGUUGAGAACUGGAUGUUUAACUUUUCAGAUCCAUUUUCAUCAAAUCUCAUUUCUUAAAUGAAUAGAAUACUGAGUUUUGUACACUUCUUUUUAUAAGGAAAAGGGAGAAAGAAUCAAAGAUUCAUAACCCUGUUUGAAUA